AUGCGGUUGCAAAACCCACGGCCUUCAUGGGGAAUUAAAUGGAACCUCCCGAGCGAUUUCAGGAGCAUCCUUCUGGGUUACAACAUUCGGAGCGUUGGUGACACUCAAUACAUGUACAAGAAGAUGGAUCAUCCUCAUCCCAAGUUCAUCCUUGUCAGUCUCUCGACUCUGGAAAACUUAUUCAGCUCCUUUCCUGUGUAA